GUGACGCUGCAGCAAGAUCAACAAUCGCGCGUUGACGUUGACAUCGAUCUACAUCACUACCACAAUACCUUCGUACCUUUUCUUUGUCAUUAUUCAAUUUGAACCUGGCCCAAGGGCCUGUAGCUCUUCGAUUGAUCAAGUCGCAAUGCCUCCGAAACGAAAGAGCUCCGGUGAUGGGCAUGAUCAAGACGACACGCGCAAGAAGCGCUUUGCUUAUCUGAAGCCCCAAGUUCGUCGGGUCUCUGAACGAACGAUCAAAUCUAAAUGGUCUACGCUCCCAGAGCCAAUGCAAGAGAAGGUUCGCGAUAUGUUUCGAGCUCUCGAGCGCCCGGUCAUAGUUCGUCAACAAAAUGAGCGAAAACGCAUUGAAGCGCAGGCGGCAGUUCAGGCCGUAGUGAAGAAUCUCGGAAAGCGCCUACCUAGAAUGCCAUUUCCACCCGUAACAAAGGAUUCAGUUUUCGAGUACGAGGCUGCACUUAAAGAACACUCUUCCCUGGAGGCGAGCUUGGCUACCGUCACUGACAGCACUGAUCUCUUGAAAGCUGAAAUCGAAAAAGAGGAGGCAUUACUUGCGAAGGAAACGAAGCAAUUGCAGGAAAUGGAGAAGAAUGCUAAGCGGGCAGAAGCAGAACGGAAGAGGCAGCUGAAAAAUGAACACCCCGUACUUCGACAGCUCAGCGUUCCUGGUCAGCAGAGUCAAGAUCAUACUCAGUUCAUACUCGCUGACGAAAACGAUUUGCAUACUACGUUUGAUGAGCUCGAAACCGACCCUGAGGUAGCGGACUUGUUAAAGCAGCUGAAUGGGCAUCUCAAAUCCAUGCAGAGUAAUACAGCUCCUCUGGCAGGCCUAAGUGAGGUGAUUACACGGUCUCAGACCGCCUUGAGCCUAACGUGCCGGCCCGAAGAUUGAGCUAUAUGAACUUUGACCCGGAUUGGGAUUUCAUAAAACUUGAUAUCGUAUUACCACAGCUACAGGGUCGCCCGAGUCAAGCUGGCCUAUCAUUCAGCUGAACCUUCCGGUUCGUAUUGCAGGUGCAUGACUGCAACGGCUUGACCCAGGGCAUUGACCCUUGAACAAUGGGCUGAUUCCUGAAGAAUCAUUUCAGUACUACGCAUGUGAUGGGCGUAAUUUCUCUUCAGCCUUUCUGUAUGAGCGUGCUAUGAAAACGCCACCAACGGGGCACUUAAG